AGACUGGGUUAAGAAAUUUCAGAAUGUGUUCUUGUGUUCUUGGUGGAUCAUUAUUAUCUCUCUUCGGCCUGGUCUAUCUCACUGUCAAAUAGUGUUGUGUCAGUAAUUAGCCAUAUGUUGACGGAGCACAGCAGCCACAGAGACAGUAGAGGAGGUGCUACAGAUCGCCUCAGAACUUACGAAAAGUAACUGACCUCAACACUAAAAGGACCAUAUGUGGUCUGAUUUAAAUUUGGUGACAUACAUUCUUCACAAACUUUGUGAUUGCCUGAAAUUUAAUAGUAUAAUAGAGAAGAACUUGAGACUUAGAAGUCAGGUUACUAAAUUAAACUGUGAACCUAUGAACUACAGCAGAUACCAAAGUAAAUCGUCUGUUUCCACACUUUCUCACAGUCUACUGGUAACUGGGUCUCCUGAAUGCAGCAAUGAAGAAAAGCUUGAAAACCUGUUGGGAGCUUCUUCCUGGCAAGCAGAAACCCAUCCAGAUGUUGAAAAUCAUACAGGAGAAACACCUGUAGGGACUGAGUUUAAUUCAGUGAGCAGCACCCUGCCACCAAGCUCCCACCUGCACAUCUGCUCCACAGCUUUCUGCUGCCUGACUCGCUCUCAAAGUCACUCAUCUUUAUUGAGCAACGUACCAAGGAACAACUUAACACGGGCAGCAAGCUUACCAUCCAUGAAGUUACAUGAGUAUAGACCCAACAUCAGUGUUGAUGAUUUUGGUGAUGAAACCUACAUGUUCCAGUGCUCCUGUCCAGGCCUGUACCAGUGCAGUGUGACCAACCUGAUGUUUGUCAUGAAGGGAGAAGGAGAUGUGGUUUACAGGACUGUCCCUUGGAACAGAAGGCUGCUGGCCCAACACCACAAGAAGCCUGCAGGACCUCUGUUUGACAUCACGUGUCCUCAGCAGUCUUUGUGUCAGCUUCAUAUCCUACACUGUGAGGUCAUCUCCACAGGGGGAGGCCAGUUCUUGCAGGUUGCUCAUGUGAAAGGUGAGGGCAUCGAGUUUAUCCACCCUCACAAGAUAACCAAAACUCAUGCUAUUAUAAAUAUCGAAGGGUUUUCUGCUUAUGGUAAUGUCAAGGAUGAAGACUCUCCUCCUGACCCAGUCCA